AUGCUGGAUGUGCUGGCCGCUCCUGUGUGCAUGGUGUAUGGCAAAGAGGAUCCAUGGAUUGUGCCCCUGUGGGCGCAGAGGCUCAAGCGCAGAGUACCCCAGGCCGACUACUUCGAGCUCAGCCCCGCCGGCCACUGUCCCCACCAUGAGGCGCCCGGUGCUGUAAACAGCGUCGUCGCCCGUUGGGUGGGGGACAUGGAGGCAGGCGGGCGCCUUUGCCUGCAGGUUGGCGAUUCUUGGCGAGAGAGGUGCCCCAUCACGGGGCGGGAUGUGAGCGUGAGCAUUCUGAACGGUGAUCCGAAGACGGUACUCGAACGCAUCGACGCAGCCUUCUACCGUUUGGUGUAUGGUGAUGGUGCGGUGUAG